UGGGUUAAUUGGGUACAAGAACUUGGCAGAUGAUAGAUUCAUUAUUACAAGCUAUAAUAUGUUGGAGAUAUUUUCACAUUUCCUCGCUUAACUGCUAAAGGACAAUAAUAUAACCAUGUUCUGAGGAGAAGUCUAAGAGGACUCAGCUCUGAAAUAGUUCACUGAAGCUGAAAACUGGGUGGUGCUUUUGCUUUACCUAGUUCUUUCAUCUUAUCUGAACUCAUAAAUGUUAGGGGGAAAAAAAACCAAAAACUAUAUUUUAAACAAAAAUCCAGACCCUGUCAAUCAGUUUCCGUUUAAUGAAGUAUGAAUCAGGACGAAAAUGUAGGAGUAGAUGUAAGCUCUGGUUUCCUUGCUGCAUUGGCUGGUCUACACGCUUGAUUGGCCAAUCAGGAUAUUGUUGCUAAGCGGCUCUCUUUUAUUGGUUGGUUGUUUUGCCUGUCAUUCAAACUGGAGGCGGGGUGUUAAGCCCGUGCGCCACCGCGCUGUAUGUAUUUACAGUGUAUAUUUAUAGCCGUGCAGGAGAAUGAACGAUUUAUUGAAAGUUUAUCGAGUAUAGUGUUAGCGACUUACUGUGCGUGAAUUUGGACGGUACUACUGACACUUCUCCAGUCUUUUCCAUUCUGAGGUGUGAUCCCUCCUCUUUUGAGUUCCACCACGGCCCUCACCUGUGUGCUCCACUGCUUCCCCUGCGAGCCGUCCUGGGCUGAUCGGCCGUUCCCACUGCGCUCCCGUGCUGUCUCACCUGCCACUGCUGCCAUGACACGCUCUAAGACCUUUCAGGCCUACUUACCCAACUGCCACCGCACAUACAGCUGUAUCCACUGCAGGGCUCAUUUGGCCAAUCACGACGAGCUCAUCUCCAAGUCUUUUCAAGGUAGUCAAGGCAGAGCCUAUCUGUUCAACUCUGUGGUAAAUAUUGGUUGUGGGCCAGCUGAGGAGAGGGUGCUACUGACAGGUCUCCAUGCUGUGGCUGACAUCUACUGUGAAAAUUGCAAAACCACGCUGGGCUGGAAAUAUGAGCAUGCCUUUGAGAGCAGUCAGAAGUACAAGGAGGGCAAGUUCAUCAUUGAGCUUGCCCACAUGAUCAAGGACAAUGGGUGGGACUGAUGCCCUCGAUACUCCUGUGGACCUGUGGCAUGAAUGCAUAGCUUGUUCCUGGAAACUCACCCACCUAACCUACAUCUUGAGGAUGUGAGAUGUAUAAUCAGUGCUGUGCCUCUCCUGUAUGCACAUGUGCGCACGCGUGAUUGUCAGCAUCACAUUGAGAAUUUGCAUUCUAACAGAGUUAUUGCUCAAUUCAAGUCAGAAAACGCACUGCAUCCUUAUAGCACAUCCAUGCUUGUGUAAAGACAGUGAAACCAGGUAGCUGGAUGGAAUAGGUUUCACAAAACCCACUUCAGUUCCACUUGCAGGCUUCCCCAAUGGCUGGACCCAUGGAGAAAAUAAAUGUAGUGCAGCACCUUACACAAGUGACUGCUGAUCAUUUUACUUGAAACACUAAAACACUUCAGCUGUCCAUCAAAAGAACAGUUGCUUCUUUCUUGCUCCUUUUUCUUUGAUGGUUUGCACAUGAUUUAUUUAUACUCGUAUUUAUUUAUCUUGAUUUCUUUAUUAGGUUCAGGGACAAUGAUCCUUAUGUUGAACCUGUAGCAGCCCUGAGUUUUUUCAGUAGUAGCAUCUUUAUGGUGAAGUCACUUCACUUCACUUCACUUUAUAUGUCCUUUCUCUUCAGAAUGUUCAACCCUUUUUUUUUAUGUGUGUAGUGAUUGUAAUAUAUGUGGGUCAGUUAUACAUGUGUUCACUCUCCCCUCAGCAUUAUGGAUCUUUGGUUAAUAUUUAUGAUUGGGGUGUGCUCGAUCUCUCUCUUUCUGUCUUUUUAAUAUCAUCAUUAUUAACAAUAACAUAAUAAUAAUAAUAAUAAUGUGAUUGACUCUGAUUUUAGCACAGUCCUCUUGCUUAAAUCGAAUCAGACCAGUAAGAUCACCAGACAUCACAGAAAGUAAUUUUAAUAAGCUAUAUAAUAAGCCCCCCACGCAUAACCAAAGACUUCUCAAUCAACAGUAUGCUGACCAAAUUGUGAGUUCAGUGUCCAGCUUAUGUUGCAUUAUUGUGUGUAGAUUUCUAGAUAUGAUGAUAUGGUCAUGUUUUGUGUCAUCUGGUUGCUUUAAUUCAAGUAGUUGCUUUGAACAUAUGCAUUACGCAAUUAUGUAUAAGCACAGUUGGUGUAUAUUAUUCAGUUAUUAAUUAUUAAUUCUUUAACACACAAUCUUGUCAUGUCUGUGAGCUGUGAACUGAUCCCACUAUGGGCUUGAUAUAAUUCCUCCUUUUUACAGUUUAAAAUAUGUAAUUUUUUUGCUUUUGCUUUUUCAUAAGAAGGAAAAUUUGAGAUUGAAUCAGUAUGUUUAAAUCUGAUAUCAGUAAAGCUGAGUUUAUGAAUGAG